CUACUCUUUUCUCCUUACACCUUUACAACCUUCCGUUUUGCACCUUACACCUACAUCCUCAACACCUCAACACCUCAACUCACAUUCCGUUACCAUUCCAUUUAUUUUCCUAUUUCCUCCUAUUAGCCAACAAUAGCACACAACCUUCUGCGACUGGGUUUAAUUGUGCCUGGUCGCUCCUGUUGUUGUCAAAACACCUUCAUCACCUAUUCCUACCCCUUGAUCACUACGCCAUCUCUAUUUGUCGGCGUCCUUCGCCGUUUCUCUCGUCACCCAAUACUCUGGGCUCUUCUUCACCAUGUGUAGACCCAAGCAUAAACCAUCGUCCCUUAGUCCGAACCUUUCUACCGAAAGCGAAGUAUCAGGCCCGUCCAUCAUGUGUUCAGAAUUUGAUUUAGCCUCAUACAGCGAUGCGGGAUCAAAUUUCCACUUCUUUGGCGACAUAUCGGGGGAUGAGGAUGACCUGGGCGGAGUGUCUACGCCCUGGAUCCCUCCGUUUGAGGACUAUCCUCUUACAGGAACACCUGAGAUGAUCUUUGAAAAUUCCAGAGUAGGUGCUGGCCCAAGCGGUACAUCUCAGCAGUUCGUCCCUGGCUGUUCUGCCAGCAAGCCGAUCGGAGAUGAAGAUAAGCAGACGAUUUCCAAUGCGAUGAUGCAGGCAUACAUAGCUAUGCGUGGUCCAGAUAUGGGAGAAAUCACCGACCCUCUGUUUGAUUGGAUCCAAUUUCACACCGAAGAGAUAGCUCGUAAAGCAGCAUCUCAACCUCAUGGCAACUCUAACCCUCCUGACAACCCCAGAGAUGUCACUAAGAUGUUGAAUUAUAUGGAUAAGGCUAUCGAAUCCGAUAACAUGGGCGGUGAUUCUCCCCGUGACGCUAUAUUUGAGCUUCAGAAGCCGUCGAUUAGCCACAUCGCUCCCCCAGCUGCGAUGAACCUUUUGCCUCACCGCAGGGUUUACUCAGCAACGGAUAAUCGUCCCCCUGUAUGGGGAGAUGAUGAAGACGAUGAUGAAGGCGCCAUUCCUACUGGCCGUCUUUCGCCUUGCACUUUCCUCCACUGGUCGCAGGAUUGUAAGCCUUGGGUUCGUAGAGAGAUUAUGGACCCUAGAAACAUCCUUGCUACUGCCGAACGAACGCGCCCAAUGGGGCCCGUACCGGCCAGGGACCAUUAUCCCUACUACCUUGAGGAUGCACAGGCUCAGAGGGACUACUACACCGGAGAGGAAUUCUCCCCUCUUUAUCAAGUCCCCCAUAGCCCGUCUCUCAUCUACACGCCUCCUGGUUUGCCUAGCAUCUCAUAUGCUCCGACCACAUUCCUAGCGCAAUAUGAUCGCAUGGCUCCUCUGGAUGCCAGGAAGCUCCGAGACCAUGUGUAUGGCAAGACAGAGAAAAGCAUGCCACCUACUAGUACAAAUGACAAGUUCACAAACGUAUGUUGAGUCUUAACCCAUUUUAUCUAUCAUAUGCCAGGUAAUCAGAGCAC